AUGGAGGAGAGGGAGUCCACUGGUCUCUCCCCGGCGCCCCCAGUUACUCUGGGAAAAACCCAGUGGCCGAGGGCUUUGCCUAGUGACGACUCUCCUCCCCCACCCUUAGCUUGCUAUGGCAUCGUCCAGGUGCCCACGGGACCCUGGUUCUGCAGGAAGUGUGAAUCUCAGGAGCGAGCAGCCAGGGUGAGGUGUGAGCUGUGCCCACACAAAGAUGGGGCAUUGAAGAGGACAGACAAUGGAGGCUGGGCCCACGUGGUGUGUGCCCUCUACAUCCCUGAGGUGCAGUUUGCCAACGUGCUCACCAUGGAGCCCAUUGUGCUGCAGUACGUCCCGCACGAUCGCUUCAACAAGACCUGUUACAUCUGUGAGGAGCAGGGCCGGGAGAGCAAAGCUGCCUCAGGGGCCUGCAUGACCUGCAACCGCCACGGAUGUCGCCAAGCUUUUCAUGUCACCUGUGCCCAGAUGGCAGGCCUGCUGUGUGAGGAAGAAGUGCUGGAGGUGGACAACGUCAAGUACUGCGGCUACUGCAAAUACCACUUCAGCAAGAUGAAGACAUCCCGGCACUCCGGCGGUGGCGGCGGGGGAGGCGGCGGUGGCAGUGGGGGCACAGGAGGAGGCAGCGGUGGGGGCAGCAGCAGUGGGACCAGCGGUGGCGGAGGUGGUACAGGGGGAGGCAGCAGCAGCGGCAGCGGCGGCAACAGCUUCCUCACUGGCAGCAGAAGCCGCUCUGCCUCACCAUCCACCCAGCAGGAGAAGCACCCUACCCACCACGAGAAGGGCCAGAAGAAGAGUCGGAAGGAUAAAGAACGCCUUAAACAGAAGCACAAGAAGCGGCCUGAGUCCCCCCCCAGCAUCCUCACCCCGCCUGUGGUCCCCACUGCUGAUAAGGUCUCCUCAGCUACUGCUUCCUCCCACCACGAGGCCAACACUCAGGAGACCCCUGAGAGCGGCAGGGACUCGAAGGGGAAAAAGCCUUCCAGCCAUGGCCUGAGUCAUAAGGGGAAGAAACUGAGCAGCGGGAAAGGUGUGAGCAGUUUUACCUCCACCUCCUCCUCUUCCUCCUCCUCUUCCUCUUCUUCCUCCUCCUCUGGGGGGUCUUUGCAGCCUGCAGGCUCAUCCUUGCAGGGCUCUCCAGACUUCACAGCAUUCCCCAAGCUGGAGCAGCCCGAGGAAGACAAGUACUCCAAGCCCACGGCCCCCACUCCGCCAGCCCCUCCCUCGCCCACGGCCCCUGAGCCGCCGAAAGCUGACCUCUUCGAGCAGAAGGUGGUCUUCUCUGGCUUUGGGCCCAUCAUGCGCUUCUCUACCACCCCCUCCAGCUCCAGCCGGGCCCGCGCCCCCUCACCUGGGGACUAUAAGUCUUCCCAUGUUGCCGGGGCCGGGGCCUCGGCAGGCACGCAUAAGCGGAUGCCUGCACUGAGUGCCACCCUUGGACCUGCUGAGGAGGCCCCUGAGACGGGCCUGAAGGAGAAGAAGCACAAAGCCAGCAGGAGGAGCCGACAUGGGCCAGGCCGUCCUAAGGGUAGCCGAGGCAAGGAGGGCGCCCCAGGCCCGACCGCCUCCCUCCCUGGGGCUCAGCUGGCUGGUUUCACUGCGACUGCGGCCUCACCCUUCUCCGGAGGGUCCCUGGUCAGCUCUGGCCUUGGGGGUCUGGCCUCCCGGACCUUUGGGCCUUCAGGAAGCUUGCCCAGCCUGAGCCUGGAAUCCCCUCUACUGGGGGCAGGAAUCUACACCAGUAAUAAAGACCCCAUCUCCCAUGGUGGAGGGGUGCUGCGGGCUGUCUGCAGCACUCCACUCUCUUCCAGCCUCCUGGGGCCCCCAGGGACCUCAGCCCUGCCCCGCCUCAGCCGAUCCCCGUUCACCAGCACCCUCCCAUCCUCUUCUGCUUCCAUCUCCACCACUCAGGUGUUUUCUCUGGCUGGCUCUACCUUCAGUCUCCCUUCUUCCCACAUCUUUGGAACCCCCAUGGGCACUGUUAACCCCCUCCUGACCCAGGCUGAGAAUAGCCACACAGAGCCAGACCUAGAAGACUGCAGCUUCCGGUGUCACGGGACCUCCCCCCAGGAGAGUCUCUCUUCCAUGUCACCCAUCAGUAGCCUCCCUGCGCUCUUCGACCAGACGACAUCGGCCCCCUGUGGGGGUGGCCAGUUAGACACCACAGCCCCGGGGACGACUAAUAUGGAGCAGCUGCUGGAGAGGCAGGGCGAUGGAGAGGCUGGUGUCAACAUUGUGGAGAUGCUGAAGGCCCUGCAUGCCCUGCAGAAGGAAAACCAGCGGCUGCAGGAGCAGAUCCUGAGCCUGACCGCCAAGAAGGAGCGACUCCAGAUCCUCAACGUGCAGCUCUCCGUACCUUUCCCAGCCCUGCCCGCCGCCCUGCCCGCCACUAAUGGCCCCAUCCCAGGACCCUACGGGCUGCUUCCUCAAGCGGGCGGCAAUGACUCCUUGAGCACCAGCAAGAGCCCUCCAGGGAAGAACAGCCUGGGCCUGGACAACUCCCUGUCCACGUCUUCCGAGGACCCACACUCAGGCUGCCCGAGCCGCAGCAGCUCAUCGCUGUCCUUCCACAGCACGCCCCCGCCGCUGCCCCUGCUCCAGCAGAGCCCUGCUACUCUGCCCUUGGCCCUGCCCGGGGCCCCUGCCUCGCUCCCACCCCAGCCGCAGAACGGGCUGGGCCGGGCACCUGCAGCGGCGGGGCUGGGGGCCAUGCCCAUGGCGGAGGGGCUGUUGGGUGGGCUGGCAGGUAGCGGGAGCCUGCCCCUCAAUGGGCUUCUGGGGGGCUUGAACGGGGCUGCUGCUCCCAACCCUGCGGGCUUGAGCCAGGCUGGCGGGGCCCCCACGCUUCAGCUGCCAGGUUGUCUCAACAGCUUGACAGAGCAGCAGAGACGUCUCCUUCAGCAGCAAGAACAGCAGCUCCAGCAGCUCCAGCAGCUCCUGGCCUCGCCGCAGUUGACCCCAGAGCACCAGACUGUGGUCUACCAGAUGAUCCAGCAGAUUCAGCAGAAACGGGAGCUUCAGCGGCUGCAGAUGGCUGGGGGCUCCCAGCUGCCCAUGGCCAGUCUGCUGGCUGGAAGCUCCACCCCGCUGCUGUCCGCGGCGGCAGCGGCAGGCACCCCUGGCCUGCUGCCCACAGCAUCGGCCCCACCCCUGCUGCCUGCUGGAGCCCUGGUGGCCCCUUCCCUCGGCAGCAAUACAAGUCUCAUGGCUGCAGCAGCUGCGGCCGCAGCAGUAGCAGCAGCAGGCGGACCCCCAGUCCUCACUGCCCAGACCAACCCCUUUCUCAGCCUGCCUGGGGCAGAUGCCAGUGGGAGCGGCCCCAAAGGAGGGACCGCUGACAAAGGAGCCUCAGCCAGCCAGGAAAAAGGCUAACUCCAUCCACUCUGCCCCUCCUGACCCCUACGCGGCUUGAGGGUCCUUGUCCAGAAUGGGUUCCCAGGCCCAGACUCUGGAGAGCCAGGCCCAGAGCCUGUGCUGAUGCCCAGGGAGUGUGUGCUGGAGUUCCAGGUGCUGUGGGGAGAGACUGGAGGGGCCUUCCCUUCCACCUGCCCGUUCCCUACUGCGCUGGCUGCUUCAGGAGAGAGGGUCAGGGGGAGCAGGCUCCGGGCCUGCCUCGGAGCCCCCAUCCUCCACAGAUGCCUAGGGGCCCCCCAAAGAGCAAAGUAGGUCAUGGCAUAGGACGUGGAGCGUUGGUUGGACCUACCGCAUAAACCAGUGAGCACUUGAAAGGGGAAGGUGAAGGGUGGGCCCUUGGGCCCGCUCCUGGUGUGGAAAUCCUCACGGAAAAAGGGCUGGUCCCAGUCGACCUUCAGUUUCUUCCCAGCAGAAGGUGUAUCCCUUUGACUGUUUCUCAUCAUCCCUCCCCACUGAGGGUCACAAGCUGAGCUUGGAAAAGCCUACAGAUGUGGGGGGCUGAGGAAGGGCAGGAUAGCACCUCUGGGGGCCCCUGAUGGGGCUGGGCGGGGCAGAGUCCCUCGCUGUCCUUGGUGUCCUGCCCCUUUUUGCACUAUUGGCUUGAGGAGUUGCCGAGGGUGGGAGAGGGAGCUGCCUGACUCCACGGAGCGUGAGCGUGAGCGUGUGUGUGUGAGCGUGAGCGUAUGUGAGUGUGUGUGUGAGUGUGUGUGUGUGUGUGUGUGUGUUGGUCAGUCUGUUUAACCUGUCUGUCUGUCACCUCAUUCUCUGGACCUGGGGCAGCCAUGGGCAAGGACAGGAGCAGGGGCUGGCACCAGACCCGGAGUUUCCUAGCUCUUGUGGCCCCUCCCAACCCCCUCACCCACCCUGGUCCUUUUCCAGGGCAUGAAUGGUUAACUUUUAAAGGAAACAGAACAGUACUCCAGUAUUGGAGAAUUCCUGGGGGCUGGGGGCUCAGUAUCAGGGUAAUAUCCUACCUUCCCUCCUCUGGACCCCAUUCCAUCUCAGGGCCCCCCGGGGCCUCCUCCCCCCACUGGUAGUUUGGUCUUUCCUGGCACACGAGAGCGGGGGAGGGGCGAGGUGCCACCUCGAAGCGCGUCUCCCUCUCGGAAGUCGCUAGCCUGCCUCUUAAGCCCACUUCACCGGCUCGUAGAGCCACUUAAGCUAACAAAUGUCCCUUUCACCCACCAGCUAUUUCCAGGGUGUAGUAGUAGGUGGCAGAGUCAGUCUGCCCAGGGCCGUUGUGAAAAAACAUGGAGUGGGACAUGGGAGCGCAGCCGGGGAGGCCUCUGUCCCUUUUGGUUGCACUGGCUGGGACUGAGGGUCCAUUCCAGUCCCCUAACGUUCCUGUCUGUGGGCCUCUUUGCAUGUGUGCAUUUUGGUGUGUUUCUGUUUGGGUUUUGUUAUUGGGUUUUUUUUUUGUUUUGUUUUGUUUUUUUUUUUAAUAAAAAAAAAAGAUGUGUAUAUUUUUGGCAAUGACAGAAACGUAGUGCAGAUAUAUUUUUGCCUGUGCUGCUCAACUGUUUUUUUUCUGAUAUGGAAAAUAAUAUUAAUAUUCCUGUUGAUAAGACUUCGUAAGAUAUUAGGGUGGGUUGGGAACCUUCAGAGGCAGAUUCUUUGGCACUAGGAACGAUUUUGGGGGGGCAUUUGUGUGACCUCAGAAAUACUUUUCUAACUGCUUAGUAUAGAAGGACAUUUUCAUCUUUGUGGCUCUCACUUCUUAUCCAAAAGCCAGUGAGUCUUCAGAUUCUUAGACGAUUUGCUUAUCCAGGCCCACACCGCUGCCCCAGCCACCAUUCAGAACCAAGUGGCCACUGCUGCGAUGUCUGGAAAGCCAUCACAUGUGAAGCAGGAGCGCUAGGUGCCCUGGACCAGAUGCCCCCUCUCUUCAGUCACUCAGAUCUUUGGAACUCUAGUCUCAACUUUCCAGAGCUUUUUUUCCAACUUGGGGCCAGGAUGCCCUGGCAGGUAGUCAGGUUAGAUUUGCAGAGAGCUCUGGGCCUUGCAUGGAUUGGUGCUGCUCUUUUUUAGUUUUUCAAAACAAGGUUUCUCUGUGUAGCCCUGGUUGUCUGUCCUGGAACUCACUAUAGACCAGGCUGGCCUCGAACUCAGAGAUCUGCGUGCCUCUGCCUCCUGAGUGCUGGGAUUAAAGGCCGCCACCGCCAGCGCUUGGUGGUGUUUCUCCUUGUGCUGAGGAACAAGGGAAGUUGUGACACUCUUGGCGUGGCUCACAGGGAAACUUUCGAUGACCGUUGAGAGGGAGCAGAGGCCUGCAGGAUGGCCACAAUGACCUCACAUCUUCCAGCCUUGGUCGUCUUUUUUUUUUUUUCUUCUUCCUGAAACAAGGUCUACUCUAUUAUGUAGCUCUGGCUAUCCUGGAACUCACUCUGUAGACCGGGCUGGCCUCAAACUCACAGAAAUCCACCGGCCUCUGCCUCCUAUGUGCUAGGAUUAAAGGUGUGUGCCAUCAUGUCUGGCUUUGGUCCAUUUCUUGAUAAAGAGCUUUGGUGGGGUGAGGGGAAGGAUGCAGAUUUGGAGCCAUCUCUGUCUGGGGGAGGGGGAGGAUGUGGUUUGCAGAGCGGAAGUGGAGUUUGAGAAUGCAUGAGUGGAUCUUAAUGUCACCACCCUCAGUGAGAAGAGAUGAGUGAGUAAUGCGUGCGUGCUGAGUCUGUGUCCACCAGGGGGGUCAUGGCUAGUGGGUAUCAGUACUAAAAGGGACUCAGCUGUAUUUAGGGGUCAUUGGAGCUGGCUUUCCAGGUGACUGCUCUAAGCCUAGGAGGGACAGGUCCUCAGUGACAGCAGUGUUAAGCCUCACCUGGCCUGGUCAUUCCUAUCCCAUCGUCCAGCCUCUAAGCUGCAGCUGGUUGGCAGGCAGGCUGUCCCUGUGUGUGUGGUGUGUGUGUGUGAUGGUGUGGUUGUGAGUGUAGGGUUGUGCCCAUGGUGGGAAGGUAUCUAUGUAGCACUGACUGUCUUAGCUCUGAGCUGAUGAAUCCUCUCCAUAGACAAUGACACUUUAAGGGUUGCCUUUAAGAAAAAAAAAAAAAAAAGAAUAAAUUGUUAUCUCCCUAUCCCCUCUCCCUCAUCCCAGCUUAUGGGUUUCCCCUCAGGCUCCUGGGUCAACUGCUGCCGCUGGGUAGGUACCCUGAUCUUGAGGCUGGUGACCCUUUCCCUUUCCUGUGUUGAGACCCAGGGAGUGCCCACCCUAGACUCCUAGGAAGGGCCUGGACAAGUGAGGGGAGCCCAAAGAAAGGCUAACAUUUCCAUUUCCCUUCCCCAAACUGGCAAUGCUGACAGGUUUUCAAAGACACAGGUUCCCCACUGCUUUCCAUCUUAAGAGUGCAGUGGGUCCAAGGGAGUAACAGGCAGCUGGUUCCUGGGAAGAGGUGCCCAAUAGGAUGGAGGUAACUUCACCCGGAUCUUGGAGGAAGACUGGGCCAGGGAACCCUUCGGGUCCCUCUAGCUACUUCCUCCUGGAUUGCGGGUGUGUGAAAAUUUCCACCAGGCCACCUUGUCUGACCUACUGAAGAGCUGGGGCCUGAGGGCUGCCCCCAUUCUCCUGUGUUCACUUUCUCCAGCCCCACUUGGGACUGAAGACCGAACCCUGGCUCCCUUCCUUCCAUCCCAGCCUGUUUCCAUGUAGCAGACCCUUCCUAGGGGAGCAAGGAAGGGAGCCACAGAUUGCAAACCCAGGGCCUCAUUUUUCAUUCUUUCUGAAACCUUGAUAUCCUCAGCCCAAGAGGCAGUGUUCCCUUGCGACCUCCAAGCCUGGAAUUGUGCAUAGCCUGGGUCUUGUAUCUUUGUAUAACGGAUGUUAUUUGUACGAAGGGCAGUUCGUAAACAGCACUUGUUCUUUUAAUAAAAGAAUGUUUUACUUAAAAAAAAAAAAA